AUGGCAGGCAAGGCGCUCGUCCCCGACGAUGACGAAACUCUCAAAGCGGCGCUGUCCUUCAUCGACGAGUUCUCGAGCGACGAAGGCCUGUCAGCUACGCAGGUGGCGGUGAUAGGAUCCACAGACUUGCUUACGGAUGAGACGGCGGUCUCUGGAGGUACAUUUUCGAGGUCGGUGCUGAAUGCGCGUGCCCCUCGGUGCAAGACUCCGUUGCUGCUGGAAGCAAACGGGGACGCAGCGACUAAUCGCAAGCGGAUCAAUGAACGCAAGAAGCUGCUGCGCAAGACUGGAGUCUACGGAGACCCGAACCGAGCACGGAACGCUCGCAGAGUGGAGAUCACUCAUCUCAAGGAGCAGAUAGAGAAGCUGCAGAUUGACCUGCAAACCUUAGAGGGCCAGAAAGAUCGGUCGAAGGGGAAGGCUGCAACACCGAAGAGCUCGGCAGCAAUCUCGAUAAUUCAGAUUCCGAGUAUGUGGCAAGCUAUCGCGGACAGCCAGAGGAAGCGUCGAGAAGGCUCUGAGCUGGAAAACGUUCGACUGAAGCUCAUCCUGGAUCGACAGCAGAAGAUAGCGGGUAAUCUCCGCAGCUUGAUGGAGAAACGAGCAAGGCAAUUGACGACCGAGUGCUCAUCCUUCAUGGACGUGAGCGCCCCGAAACCUCCCGUUGUCCACGUGCUGGACUUUCGUGGCGACAUUGCCGACUUUGAAGCGCUAUUCCGGCUAAACGAAGCCGCGUAUCGAGAGGUUGACGCAAUUUUCGCGGAUAACGGUCUGGCUGACGUGGUCAUUUCACCAAGUGAUGUUCAUAUCCGCGAAGGCGUCGGCGGCAAAUAUCUCGAGCUCUUCGCAAACAAAAUCCUGCCGUUUAAGCUGAGCGACACCACGGAAGCAGCCUGGGACCACUUCAAGGGGAUCAAAAAGCACGCAAGUAAUGGCAACGUGUACGCUAAGGCGGCAAAGAACCUCGACGAGCCCUACACGAUCAUCGAGGACUUCACGAAGGAGCUGUAUUCCAACAAUUCCCGAGCCGAUAUCAAGGUGAAGCAAGUGAUGCGGCGCUACGUCGAGCCCGACCGGGACGUUGUGAUUUGGAUGUCGCACGUGUCGCCGACGGAGAUCAAGCACAAAAUGCUCCACCAAGAGCCUGGCACAAGAUUCGACCCUGCCAAUGCGCGCGUGCUCACCAACUUCUUGAUCGGCAACACAGUGCAGAACAUUCGCAAUCACCAGGAUCGCAUCGAAGGCGCGCUGGCAGACGACGACGACAAAGUGUUGGAGGCGACCAUGUCCUUCAUCGACGAGUUCUCGUUCGAUGAACCCGAGCCCGAGCGUGGGCCUUCUGCAAGUGUCUCCGCGUCUAAGGCACCUGCGCAGCAAAUGCAGACCCAGGCAGACUCGGUGACGACGGCUCCAGAACCCAGUUAUGCUCCUAACGCGAUCGAUACUGUGAAAUUGCGCAGACGCAAUAGUGGCCAUGCGACGAAGCCGACUGCUUCGAGCUCUGUGCCGUCGAUCCUUAGCUUGGACACGAGCGGGAUGACGCGGAGAGAGAAGAUUGUUGCGAGGAACGCGAGGAAGAAGCUGCUGCGCAAAGCUGGCAUCUAUGGAGAUUCGAACCGCGUUCGCAACGAGCGCAAGCUGGAGAUCGCCUACCUCCGCGAUCGAAUCGACAAGCUACAGAUCGACUUGAAGACCUUUCAAACUCACCAGGACGGACGACUACAUGUAGAUGCGCCGAGAUCGAAUCAUCCGCCAGCGAACGCAUUGAUAUUGACAACGAACUCGACAUCGCCGAUAUCCAGCGUGUGGCAGGAGAUCGCAGACCGCCAGCAACGCCGCCGCAAGGAAGCAGAACGUGAGAACAUCCGCUUGAAACUGGUCAUGGAGCGCCAGCGGAGGGUUGCGAACACAUUGUCCAGCUUACUGCAGAAGCGCGCUAGUCAACUGGAGAGCGAUUGUUCGUGCUUCUCGAGUCUUAACUGUCCAAGGCACCAAAUCGUUCACGUACUCGACUACCACGGAGACGUCAGCUCCUUCCAAGGCCUCUUCCGUCACCUCGACGCAGCGUAUCACGAUAUCGACGCCGUGUUCGCAGCGAACGGUCUAUCGAGCAUGGUGAUCACCCCGAGCGACGUCCACAUCCGCCAAGGUGUCGGUGGCAGGUACCUCGAGGUGUUCUCAAACAAAGUUCUCCCUUUCAAGCUCCAGGACGCGGCCGAGGCUGCGUGGGACCAUUUCAAGGGGACCGACAAGCACAUGGGCAACGGGAGUCUGUACGCCAAGGCCAAGAGGGAUCUGGACGAGCCGUACACGAUCAUCGAAGAGUUCACCAAGGAGGUGUUCUCCAACAGCUCUCGAGCCGACGUCAAGAUGAAGCAGGUAGUGCGGCGCUUCGUGGAACCGGACCGCGACGUCGUGAUCUGGGUGGCGAGCGUGGCGCCAACGGAGAUCAAGCACAAGAUGCUCAAGGGCUUGACGUAUCACCUGCGGGGCUACGCGCUCACCAAGCGGUCGACCGCCUCAACCGCAGCCCAAGAGCUGUCCCAACUGCAGUUCUGCUACCUCAUCUCGCUAGACCAGGACAUGAAGCCCGACAACAUGCGAGCGCUCACCAACUUCCUCGUCGUCAACACGGCGCAGAACAUGCGCGUCCACCAAAGCGGCAUCGAGAACCGGCUCAUCGACCAAGCACUGCGCCACCAGCAUCAGCACUAG